AUGGAUGUAAAUCUGGGGGAGAUGUCCGUCCACGGCCACACCGAUCUCGCGCAUCACACUCAGGACGGACGGACGAUGCUGCAUUCAAGGGACCUCUCUGCAGUUUUCCCCAGGGCCCCCCUAGGAGGAGCCCCCAUGGCCCUGGAGGACCCCGAACACAGGCCCCCAGGAGCGCUGGAGCACUCCUUUUCGUCGCUGGGUUACGGAGGAGACGCUCCGACCAGCUGCGGUAGCACGUACACGACCUUAACGCCACUUCAGCCGUUGGAGGACAAAUUUCACCACCACCACCACCCCUGUCUGCCUGUCGGUAACGUCAUUGGCAGCUUCACGCUCAUGCGCGAGGACCGAGGCCUGACGGGCAACUUCUAUAACCCUUACACCAAAGACCUGGGAAUGUCACAGGGCCUCUCCCCCCCGCCCCCCACGGGAUCAGGACUUGGGACAGUAAUGCACGGUUACAGCAGCCUGGGGAGCAACAGCACUAGCAACAAUGGGCAGAUGCUCCCAGGCGGGUAUGAGGUCCAUAUUGGGGGAGGGAGCAAUCUGUUCAGCAGGACGGCAGACUUUGCCCGGGAGAUGUCCCCCCCUGCUCUGCCAGGUGACUCAGGUGUAGGCCACCAGCCGAGCAAAAUGGAAGUGCCCCAGCACCCGCACGGCCACCACCCACACAUGUACAGCCACCCGUUCCAGCACCACCACCCAGCUCAGCGGUCCUCUGCUCCCAAUGAUGGGCUUUCACCUGCCCCGCAGGGCGGGGGUGGGGGCAGCGGGGAGGAGAUAAACACCAAGGAGGUGGCACAGAGGAUCAUCACAGAGCUGAAGAGGUACAGCAUCCCCCAGGCCAUCUUCGCAGAGCGGGUGCUGUGCCGCUCGCAGGGCACCCUCUCCGACCUGCUGCGAAACCCCAAACCGUGGGGUAAGCUGAAAUCCGGCCGCGAAACUUUCAAGCGGAUGUCCCGGUGGCUCCAAGAACCUGAAUUUCAAAGGAUGGCCUCACUGCGGUUAGAAGCAUGUAAGCGGAAGGAACAGGAGCAGAGCAAGCUGGAGAGGAACCAAGGCCCUAAGCGGACCCGGCUGGUGUUCACAGACCUGCAGCGGCGCACCCUCAUGGCCAUCUUCCGCGAGAACCACCGGCCGUCCAAGGACCUGCAGAUCACCAUCUCCCAGCAGCUGGGCCUGGAGCUCUCCACCGUCAGCAACUUCUUCAUGAACGCCCGCCGCCGCAACCUGGACAAGUGGGCCGACGAGGGCCGGCCCUCCUCCACCGGCUCCAGCGGCUCCGCCUCCGCGGUCUCCUGCAGCAUGGCCUGA